UCAUUCACUGGUUAGUGAGGAGGAAGUGGCCAGAUGUAAAAUGCUAGCUUUAGUUUUUAAUUCCCGUUUGAUAAAUGGCUUAAAGUUUCUGGAAGUCAAGCGUAGUGCUGAUGUUUUGGAGAAUUUACUCGACAAUAUUCGUGAGGAUGUUGCGCUGAUAUGUUUGCUUUGAAUAUUUCUAGCCUUUGUUGCGGUGCACACUAUAAUAAUAAUGAACUGUUAGCUACCGUGGAGCUAAAGCAGCUAGCUGCAGAGACGUUUUGGGUAACUUGUCGUGGGUUCUUGGGCUAGGGUUAUGCGACUGAAACACCGAUUUACUAAAAAAUGUGAAGAUUGAAACCAAGGAUUGUAAAAAGGAAAAUUCCAGGUUACUGAGAUGUUGAAGGUGGAAGCAGAUGAACCUGGGGGGCUCAGCUUGGAGCCCCCCAUGCCUGCAACAUCCACAUCAGAACUGGAGGAAAAGACACAAGACAACAAAGAUCUCAUCCUUGAGAUUUUGGAGAUUAAAGAAGAGUUUCCCAAUAACAUGAACUCCAGUUUGGACCAGCAGAACCCAGAGCUUCCUCUCAUAAAGGAGGAAGUAGAGGAGGAACAGCGGAUCAGUCAGGAGGAAGAGUUGCUUAAUGUGAAGAUUGAUGAUGACGAGAAACCUCAGUUGUCAGAACUUCAUCAAAUCAAAACUGAAGAUGACCUAGAGACAGAAGUUCCAACCAGCAGUUCACCUGAACCUGUUGCAGAGAACUUUAGAAGGCCAGAACCAGACGGGGACCCAGAGCCUGUAUGUCCCUCCCAGCAAAGUAACAUGGCAGAUGGAGAGAAAUCAUUUGGCUGCAAUCUUUGUGGCAAAAGAUUCAGACGUAAGCAUUCUGUAAAAUUACACAUGAUGACUCACACAGGAAAGAGAGAGCAUAGUUGUGAUCUUUGUGGUAAAGGAUUUGUAGAAAAGCGUUCUCUUCAGACACACAUGAAUGUCCACACUGGAGAGAAACCGUUUGCCUGUGACGUUUGUUGUAAGAGUUUUAAGUCAAAGCCGAAUCUUAGAGCCCACGUACGUAUUCACAUGAGCGAGAAACCCUAUACUUGUAGUGUUUGUAGUAAAGGAUUUUCAGCGAAAAACAACUUGAACAUACACAUGAUUGUUCACACGGGAGAGAAACCAUUUGUUUGUAGUGUUUGUAAUAAAAGAUUUCCAGUACAUGCUAAUCUGCAGCGUCACAUGUGUGUUCACACAGGAGAGAAACCGUUUAUUUGCAAUGUAUGCAGUAAAGGGUUUUCAGAGAAGAACAAAUUAAACAUACAUAUGGUUGUUCACACAGGAGAGAAACCAUUUAUUUGUAAUGUUUGUACUAAAAGAUUUGCCCGACAGGAUUGUCUUCAACGUCACAUGUGUGUUCACACAGGAGAGAAGCCGUUUGUCUGCAGCGUUUGCAGUAAAGGAUUUUUACAACCAGCUCUUCUACAGAGUCACAUGUGUGUUCACACAGGAGAGAAACCAUUUAGUUGUGGUGUUUGUAGUAAAGGAUUUUUAUCAAAGAAGACUUUAAAUAGACACAUGGUGGUUCACACAAUAGAAAAACCAUUUUCUUGUGGUGUCUGUAGUAAAGUAUUUACACGACAGGAGACUCUGCAGAAUCACAUGUGUGUUCACACAGGAGAGAAGCCCUAUACUUGUAGUUUUUGCAGUAAAGGUUUUUCAGCGAAAAAGUGUCUAAAUAGGCAUGUGGUUAUUCACACUGGAGAAAAAUCAUUUUGCUAGUGUUGGCAAUAAUGGGUUUUCAUGACAAGCUCUCCUAAACACUCCAGUGUUUGUUCAUGAGAGAAAUCAUUUGUACUGUUUUGUGUAGGGGAUACUUUUUAUAGCAAGCUCACCUAUACAGUCACUUAUGUGUACAAACAGAAAGGAUUUGUUUGAAGCCAAGGAUUUUCGCAUUAUUAUUUUUGUUUUCUAUGUGCACUGUUUCAUUUCUCAAUGAUUAUUCAGAUGAAUUCAGUUUUGUUUAGGACCAAAUCGCAACAAAUAUAAUCUCUAGGUACUUUACAAAACACUAAAUCCAGUCAUACAAAAAUACAGUCAAUUAAAUACAUUACAAUUCAGUCCUAAUUAAUAAUGUCAAGUUUAGUUCAUUGUUCAAAUUGGUAUAGAAAACCUAGCUAAUUGCAUUGAGACUAACGGUGAUAAAUUUGUACCGAAUAUAAACCAAGUUACCUUCUAGAAAUUUACCAUUAAAUAUACAGUAUUCCAUUUAUUUUAAUUUAUAUUUUCUAAGACUGUAAAUACCUGCUUUUUGGAAUGUAAGCAUCUGAUACUGUUGGGUAAAAACCUGUAAAAGUUAGUUGACCGUUAUGCAUUAAAUACAUGUUGUAUUUAUUUGUUUCCAAUGACUUUGAUAAAUGUAAAACAAAAGCUUCAUACACUACUUAAAAGACUUUAAACUAAAAAAAAAUAAAUCGGAUGAAGGACUUGAAAAUUUCUCCCAACAUAAUGCGUUUAACGCGUGUUUAAUUUAUUCUGUACAAGAAAAAAAAACUCUUACUGCAAUUAUAACUGAUAUGUGUAGAAAAUCAUUAAAAUCUUUUAGUUUGAAGGUUUGUAUAACAAAAGUCUUAAGGAAAUGUUUGUUUCUUGUUGGAACGAGCUAUAAUUAUGCCUGAAUUUAACUCAUCAAAUUAUGAACUUUAUUUUUUGCCUUCUUUUUUUAAAGGUAGUAGAUUGUAUGAACAGAAUUGAUUUACCAUCUUUAGAAUAAUCCGCUCCUUCCUCCAGAACACUUUGACUUUAAACCAAAGUACUUCACAAAACGUGUCAUCUGUCAUUCUAGUUUUUGAUGCAAAGAAAUUGAUUUCAUCUACUGUAUUUUGAUGUAAAAGCUGAACUAAGGACAUAACUUGAAAGUUAGAAACAGCUAAGAACUGUACAACUCAUUUGUUACAUUCUAUGUUUUGGAACUAUGUCAAACUGUAUUGUCCCCGUUUAAAUAAUAAAAAAAAAGUUCUCUUCAAAAAAAGAAAAGAUCCUAAAAGCUUGAACUUCUGUCUGUUUUUGUGGGUGGAGCAAUAUACAUAAAAAUCACUAGGAAUGAUGUGGAUGAAUCUCUAAGCCUCUAUUUAACAGCAUUCAAGUAAAAUGGAUUUUUAACUAACAGUUACAUACACAUAGUUUUAGUAUAUCUUUUUGUACCAUGGAAGUAUUUUUCUUCUACUAAAGCGCUGAAUCAAAAAUGGAGGUCAAGUACGACAUUGAUGACAGGAUUUAUAAAAGAUAGCAGUAUUAAGAAAUGUUUUUACACAGAAAUAUUAAUCAAUGGUUUUCAAUUAACCAGCAUGCAGCACCAUAAGUACCAACGUUAAUGCAUAAAUUUCAUAUAUGAAAUAAUAUAAAUCAAAGACUCAGAGACUUACCUAUUUGACAGCGAGUAC